AUGACAAGCGCUGUGGGGAAGCAUCGAGGUACUGUCUGUUGCCGCCGCCCUACAAACCCCCCUGCGAUUGCCUUCUUUAUCUGGUGCACCCCCGGGGAUCUCAAGGCCUUUUCCUUCAAAGACAAGCAAGGUAAUCUUACUUGCGCGGCCAUGGGUGAUUUCGUUGCAGAGGCCUUCACACUUUUGGCUGUGGCCAUCGUGAUCAUCGGCCUUAGAACUACUGCAAGAUGGAUUAUGGUCGGGCCAAGAUAUUUCCAGCCAGAUGAUUAUUUGAUGCUGUUGGCAGGUAUGGUUUACGGACUGGAAACAGCUGCAGCGUACAUGGUAGGUGCGUGGUUUCAUGGUCUCACGAACAAUGCGAUGACGGACGAAGAACGGAUGGCUUUAUCUGCCGAUUCAGAGGGAUACCGCCUUCGAGUUGGAGGAUCCAAGGUCCAAGUGGCUGGCUGGUCAUUAUACACCUUGUUGCUAUGGUUGCUGAAGACGUGCAUGGCCAUAUUCUAUUCUCGAUUAACAGCUGGUCUCAUAAACAUGCGAGUUCGCAUCCACAUCGCUUACGGGUUGAUUGCUGCAACUUAUAUAGCCACACUUUUCUCCAUUCUCUUUGGUUGCCAUCCGAUGCACAAGAACUGGCAGAUCUACCCAAACCCUGGAAAUUAUUGCCAGCCUGCCGUGUCAAUUAUUGAUAUAUAUGUUACCGUUGUUCUCAAUGUCGCGACCGACAUUUACCUAAUUAGCAUUCCUGCUCCGGCCGGUGCCAAUGGUGCGGAACAAGCAGGAAGCUGGGCCUGUCGCGAGACCUUCGUCGCCGUCCUUAUCGGAAACAUCCCCAUGAUCUACCCCCUUUGCGCGGGAUUCCCCACCGACGGGUAUCACAAGCGCAAGAAGUUCCUGCACCCACUGUCACUUCCUGCCGAUACACAGUGGAAUACUGUCAGUGACGAACAGAUGAUAUUGCCCACUUCGCGAGAGCAAGCUCCGGCCUGUACCGCUGAAGAUGGUGAUUGGGAAACAAAUAGCCAUACAAGUCAAGGUGGAGGGAUCAAGGUGGUCCAUGAAACGAUGGUGCACAGUGCUGAGAAGGAUCAAAAGUUAUAG